UCAUUGUUAAAAACCAAAGGAAACUCUGCUGCAUUUAUUGUGCAAUGUUGUGUCAACCCAGUGGAUAAGCUGUGAUUGCAAAGGCAGAGGAUUAAGAAAAAUAUAGCACAUCACUUAUGUUUGGUUGGUUCCAUAAAACAGCUGUUCUAUAUUUUUGUGAAUGGAUAUCCCACAUAAGGUAAAUACAGCUGUUAUUGUGGAAUCCCAUUGAAUGACAUAAAGGGGAUGGAAAGUCCUGUUCUGAUUAGCUGCACUGUUCUGGAAGCCUCCAAGAUUUCUGCAACAUUGCUGCUUGAUACAGGUAUUUUUCAGAUGUACGUCACUUUCGUAACAUGGAACAAGAUGACAGUCUUAGUAAAUGAACUGUGUAUGCUUGACGCUAAGGUCAUGCUGAAAGAAAUGAUGCAACACACAGUGCUGAUGAAGAUUUAAGAGGUUUGAGCAUUCUCUAGGGCUGACAGCAUCAGUGAGCUGACGAAUUUGAAACUUGCUUUGCAGAGGAAUACAAAUAAUUUAUUUUGAGAGAAGCAUGCAUGUGGACCUGAUGUUGUAACUGUGACUACGUGCCAGAGAUCCCAUUCGUUGCGCAUGCACCAAUCACUCUUCUCACCUUUUUUUGGAAGAACGGUGCAGCCACCGCUUGUCGGUGUGUAAAUGAGUAUGGAAGAUUAUGACUACUUGUUCAAAAUCGUUUUAAUUGGCAAUGCUGGUGUGGGGAAGACCUGCUUGGUACGACGGUUCACUCAGGGCCUUUUCCCGCCUGGUCAAGGAGCCACAAUUGGAGUUGACUUCAUGAUUAAAACUGUUGAAAUCAGUGGUGAAAAAGUAAAGUUACAGAUAUGGGACACAGCAGGGCAGGAGAGAUUCCGAUCCAUCACACAGAGUUACUAUCGUAGUGCUAAUGCCCUAAUAUUAACCUAUGACAUCACGUGUGAAGAAUCAUUCCGGUGUCUUCCUGAAUGGCUGAGAGAAAUAGAGCAAUAUGCCAGCAACAAGGUCAUAACUGUUUUGGUUGGCAAUAAGAUUGAUUUGGAUGAGAAAAGAGAAAUUUCCCAGCCGAGAGCUGAAGAAUUUGCAGCUUCCCAGGAUAUGUACUACUUGGAAACAUCAGCAAAGGAAUCUGAUAAUGUUGAGAAACUUUUUUUAGACCUUGCCUCUCAGCUGAUCCGUGAAGCAAAGCAAAACACACUUGUAAACAACAUGACAUCCCCCUCCCCUGGAGAGGGGAAGAGUAUCAGUUACUUGAACUGCUGCAGUUUUAAUUAACUAAUACAGUAAAGAAGCCACCAAAAUGGGCCAAAUGUUUGAAUAUUCUGAUGAGAAAGGAGUUCUUGUCAUAUUUUUUACCCUUUGACUCAGACUUGUGGCAGUUUACCAAGCUUCAGCAUGGAAGGAUGACUGCUUCUUCCACAGGUCACAGAAACAGAGUACAUGAUUUGUGGUGCAGUUGUACAGUUCUAAUGACUUUGCAAGGAACUAGUUGCACUAAAAACCUCUUUAAAGUGAGUUUACAUUUUGUCUCAUUUUGAAUAGUCAAAGCCAUCACAUGCCAUGGUAGAAAAACAUGCAAGCCUCCUCAUGCUGGAGUACUUUUUGUCUGAAAAGUAUUUAUUCUCAUUUAGUAAUGAAUGCAGAUGUUUUGCUUAAAAGGACAUCAAUGCGACCAUAACACGUAAGCACUUUCAUGGAUUUGGAGACUGAUAUUUCAGUUUGGUACAGAAAGGAAAGUUUGUUCUGUAGUGGGAAUAUUCUUCAACUUGCACAGUUUAGCACAGUUUUCUUUUAUAUGUGUGAGUCAGAAAUGGUGUGGAGUAUUUUCACUGAUACUUUUGAUGAGUAGUCACUUUUCUGCCAUGGUCAGUUUGGAUACUUCUAGAAAAUUCUUCCUGAGAAGACAACAAAGACCAGAUUAGGGCUAACCAACAAAAAAUGUAUUUAUUGUUGGUACGUAUAUUGUGAUAGUAAUUUCAAAGCACAGUGAUAAACAGGGCAGAAUGUUAAUACUGUAAUGGCUAGAAAAUAAACACUACGGUAGCUUGGACUAAGUGGAAGCUUUGUGGACUUGUCUUUUAGUUAAAGUUUUUUUUUUACGUAAAAACUUCCAUAUUAUGUGCUGCACAGUCUGUUUUUACACCAGCAGUGUCAUUAGCUGUUGUCAUGCAUUCUGGGUUGGUUAUUAAGUAUCCUUUUCUUGAAAGUAAUUCAGUUAAUUAUGGUAUUGACUGUAACUUGAAAAGCAUUUUUUUUAUUUAGAACAGCCUGCUUUCCAAAAAGCUGCACUUGUAAAGGAAAAACAGUUUAGAUUUUUUUUUUCAUUCAAGUAUUCAAAACAAAAUUCCUAACAUGCUACAUAUGAUUACAGUGAAGUAUAUGUGGCAACCUGCAAAAGUUUAUGAAUUCAGAGUCUAAUACAACUGAAAGCUUCAAAAAGUGAAAAAAAGGCAUUACAGUUGAUAACAUGUAUGUUGGUAUGCUCCAUAAAUGUCUUAUAUAGGUUUAGUGAAAUAGCUAGUUACAUUCCAUUUUCUGAACUGAAACUAAUACUGAUUCUCCAGUUUACAAAAUGGUGUGUUACUUUUUUGUGUUAUUUGCAUUUAUUUGAGCUCUUUAAAGAAAUGGCACAAGUAAGGAUGUAAGUGUUAAUGUGCUAGUACCACAGAAAUAAAUGCCAUCUCAUAAAAAUCUACACCACAAAUGUAAGAAAAAAAGUGAAUAAAGCAGCAAACUUAAAUGUA